UCUUCCAUGGUUGGAAUUGAAGAUUCCCUUAUUAAAUACAAGAAUAUAAAUUAGGCAAACAUGGUUAAAGGGAAUAUUUUCCAUUACAGAAAGGACUCAUGGCCUCCUGAAGAAUACGUAAAUCGGACUACUCUGCAACUCCUUGACUUCGAUAGUGGUGCUCCUCCUGAACACGCAUGGAGACGAAAGUUAAACAGCCAUGCUGGUAUUCUCAAGGAAUUCAGUGUUACUUUCAUGGAAGCAAUGAAAAUGAUUGGCCUUGGAAUCCGUCUAUGGUCAUAUGUAAGGGAAGAGGCCUCUCAUGGAAGGCGAGCUCCAAUUGAUCCUUUCAAUCGUGAAGGCAAGCCAGCAGCAACCCAAGGGGUUCCACUAGGUGGAAUGGGAAGUGGAAGUAUAACUAGAGGUUUUAGAGGAGAGUUUAGGCAAUUCCAAAUAAUUCCCGGUGCAUGUGAGCCUUCUCCUAUGAUGGCCAAUCAAUUCUCCAUUUUUAUUUCGCGUGACGGUGGGAAUAAAAAAUAUGCAUCGGUUUUAUCCCCAGGGAAACACGAUGGAACAGGAACGGAUCAAGGGUUGUCAUCAUGGGGGUGGAAUUUAAAUGGUCAACAUUCAACAUACCAUGCGUUAUUUCCACGAGCAUGGACAGUUUAUGAUGGUGAACCUGACCCUGAACUCAAAUUGUCAUGUCGUCAAAUAUCUCCAUUUUUACCUCAUAAUUACCGAGAUAGUAGUCUUCCGGUUACCGUUUUUGUUUACACGUUGGUGAAUACCGGGAAGGAAAGGGCAAAAGUCAGCCUUCUCUUCACAUGGGCGAAUUCGAUUGGAGGAACCUCACACUUUUCAGGAGAUCAUGUGAAUGAGCCUUUCGUCAGAGGUGAAGAUGGAGUCUCCGGUGUUCUUCUACAUCACAAGACAGCUAAAGAUAACCCGCCUGUUACUUUUGCGAUAGCUGCCUGCGAGACCCAAAAUGUAAAUGUGACGGUUUUACCAAGUUUUGGAUUAUCUGAUGAAAGCCACGUCACUGCCAAAGAUAUGUGGGGUAAAAUGGCACAGGAUGGAGAAUUUGAUCGGGAGAAUUUUGAGAAUGGAGCUACGUUUCCAUCAUCAGCAGGGGAGGCGAAUUGUGCUGCGGUGUCUGCUUCUGCAUGGGUUGAACCGAAUGGGAAGUGCACUGUCGCGUUUGCUUUGGCAUGGUCUUCUCCAAAAGUCAAAUUCAUGAAAGGAAAAUCAUAUCACAGGAGGUACACGAAAUACUAUGGUACUUCCGAGGGGGCAGCUGAGGACUUGGUUCAUGAUGCUUUGACAAAUUAUAAAAGAUGGGAAGAAGAUAUCGAGAAAUGGCAAAAUCCUAUCUUGAAAAAUGAUGAUCUACCAGAAUGGUACAAGUUUACAUUAUUCAACGAGCUUUACUUUUUGGUUGCUGGUGGCACAAUUUGGAUAGACACUCCACUACCAGGAGCAGACGACUCCGGCAGUGAUCGGCAACCACCGAGCAUACAAGACAACGGCGAUGCAAAUUCCAGCGAAGAAGAUGAAACAGAAACUCCCGAAAGAGACGACACAACCAUUUCCAUAAACCCUAAUCCAAAAUCAAAUGAUAAUCACGAUAAUGAUGAUGAAAAUGACGAUGUUGGUAGCUUUCUAUACCUCGAAGGCGUGGAAUACAUCAUGUGGUGCACAUACGACGUCCAUUUCUACGCAUCAUUCGCUCUCCUCGAGCUUUUCCCCAAAAUCGAACUAAGCAUCCAACGCGAAUUCGCAAAAGCUGUGUUAACAGAAGACACAAGAAAAGUCAAAUUCCUCGCAGAAGGUAAUUCGGGAAUCCGAAAAGUGAAAGGCGCAGUUCCUCAUGAUCUUGGAACCCACGAUCCAUGGCAUGAAAUGAACGCAUAUAACAUCCACGAUACAAGCAAAUGGAAAGACCUAAACCCUAAAUUCGUCCUUCAAGCCUAUCGCGACUUCGCCGCCACCGGAAAUUUAUCAUUCGGUGCCGACGUAUGGCCCGCCGUUCGUGCCGCCAUGGAGUACAUGGACCAGUUUGAUCGCGACGGCGAUUGUUUAAUCGAAAACGACGGGUUCCCGGAUCAAACUUAUGACGCGUGGACUGUUCAUGGAAUUAGUGCUUACUGCGGUUGUUUAUGGCUCGCCGCCCUUCAAGCCACCGCUGCCAUGGCUGUCCAGUUAGGCGAUAAGGGUUCCGCCCAGAAAUACAAGAAGAUGUUUUUGAAAGCGAAGAUUGCUUUUGAGACGAAGCUAUGGAACGGGUCGUAUUUCAAUUAUGAUGAGAAUAGUAAGUCGAUUCAGGCGGAUCAAUUGGCGGGUCAGUGGUAUACGGCGGCGGCGGGGUUGCCGGAUCUUUUUGAGGGAAGUAAGAUUGAAAGUUCUUUGAGAAAGAUUUUUGAUUUUAAUGUGAUGAAAGUGAGAGGAGGGAGGAUGGGAGCUGUGAAUGGUAUGUAUCCGAAUGGGAAAGUUGAUGAGACGUGUAUGCAAUCGAGGGAAGUGUGGACAGGUGUCACUUAUGGUGUUGCUGCCACCAUGAUUCAUGCCGGAAUGGUGGAAGAAGCGUUUACUACGGCUGAAGGAAUUUUCACCUCCGGGUGGUCGGAAGAUGGAUUUGGAUAUGCGUUUCAGACACCUGAAGGAUGGACGAUGGACGGACACUUCAGAUCAUUGGUUUACAUGAGGCCACUUUCAAUUUGGGCAAUGCAAUCGGCUCUUUCGGCACCUAAGGCCGUACUUGAUGCACCGGGUGUAAAUGUAAUGGACCGUAUUCAAACACCGGCUCUUAGUUCACGAACGUCUUUCAAUUAUAAGGCUGCUAAAAAGAAAUCCCGUAAAGCCAAGUGUUUUAGCAACUCUGUGUUUCAUUGUCUAUAGAGAUUUAAUUGUUGAGCGAAAACUAUUCCAUUCCUACUUUUGUUGUGAUUGUAUUCAUGCUAAUUGUUGUUGUUUCAUUCUUCUAAAGUUUCUUAUAAAUAGCAAUAUGUGUGCAUUAUGUGUUAA